UUUUAUCCGACGACCGGCGGUCGUUUGCGUUGUUCGUUGCACAUCUAUCAUCCCCAGCAGCUACAAACAUACAUUUGCUGGCAACUCACAACGACUCACAACCUGCUUUGCCAUUGCCGCCAUGGUUGCUGCCGGUCUGCCGCCCAUCAAGCACCAGCCUGCCGACUCUCCGCAGCCCGGCUUUGCCACCAUGGACAUCGACAUCGACACCCCUUCCUCCUCCCCGCGUGGCCGCUCCUCCUCCUGCGCCGGCAUCGACCUGCGGUGCGUGCUCUCGGUCGUCGCCGGGGGCAUCUUCACCGUGUUCCUCCUGGCGGCGUCCCAGGCGGCAUUGCCCUCCGCGUCACUCUUCCUCCAGCGGUACUCCCGCACCACCGAUCACCCCUCGCUGCCGCGCUUCGCGUACCUCGUAUCCGGCUCGAAGGGCGAUGCGGCUAGGCUGCGCCGCUGCCUGCUCGCGCUCUACCACCCGCGCAACCGCUACAUCCUUCACCUGGACGCGGAGGCGCCGGACUCGGACCGCGCGGAGCUGGCGGCGUUCGUGGCCGCGCACCCGGUCCUCGCCUCGGUCGGCAACGUGCGCGUGGUGGAGAAGGCUAACCUGGUGACCUACCGGGGCAUCACCAUGGUCACCACCACGCUGCAUGCCGCUGCCGCCUUCCUGCACGGCCCCGGCGCCGCCGACUGGGACUGGUUCAUCAACCUCUCCGCGUCCGACUACCCGCUCGUCACUCAAGACGAUCUGAUGGACGUGUUCUCGCGGCUGCCGCGCGACCUCAACUUCAUCGAGCACACGAGCGACAUGGGCUGGAAAGCGCAUGCGAGGGCGAAGCCGUUGGUGGUCGACCCGGGGCUGUACCUGAAGACGAAGCGCGAUCUCAUGUGGAUGAACACCGAGACCGAGAAGCGGGAGCUGCCCACCGCCUUCACGCUCUUCACCGGUUCUGCUUGGACGGUGUUGUCGCGGCCCUUCGUGCAGUACCUGAUCGGGGGGUGGGACAACCUACCGCGCACCCUCCUCCUCUACUACGGCAACUUCGUCUCCUCCCCGGAGGGCUACUUCCAGACGGUGGCAUGCAACACCGACGACUUUCGGAACACCACCGUGAACCACGACAUGCACUACAUUUCCUGGGGCGAACCCCAGGGGCAGCACCCGGAGCUUAUCAACACUACCCACUGGGACAAGAUGAUCGGCAGCGACGCUCCCUUUGCGCGCAAGUUCGGGCGAGACCCGGAUGACCCGGUGCUCGCAAAGAUUGACGUAGAACUCCUGUCACGGAAGCCUGGCGUGAUCAUCCCAGGUGGCUGGUGCAAGGGCAAUGUCGAUGAAGGCGGUGACCCUUGCUCCGCGGUGGGGGAUGUGGCACACCUGCAUCCUGGCCCUAGAGCUAAGCAGCUGCAGCGGCUCGUCGAGUCACUCAUGUCGGAGGACAACUUCCGGCCAAAACAGUGUAAGAUAGUCGAGCACAAAGAUUGAGCAUGGUCGAUGUGCGUGUGGAGGAGGAGCUAUUGUUGUUGCUACUGCUACUGCGAAUGAUGCUUCAUUUUUUUUCCUUUAGAACUAUCCACAUUUGAAAGAUCAAUCAUUUUUUCAUUUGAGGUAGGAAAUGAUCAAUCAUUGGAAACGAGUGAGACGUCUCUUCUCAGCAUGCCAUGAAGGAAGUGGUGAUCACAUGAUCCGUUAUUCUCGGCUAUGUAUGAACAGGAUUGAAAUAUUAACCAGGGGCUCUUGUAGAAAUUAACUGCCACUAGAUCAUUGAUGAUGCGUG